UCCUCUCUUUCUCAUUUUUUCACUGUCCAGUCUUUUGCAGUUAACAGACAGUACUAGACUACUAGUAUUCACUCUGUUUCCUUUUCUUAGCAGAAAAAACAAACAAAUCCCACAUUCCAGAAAUUCUAUGUCCUCUGUCCACUCUCCCUCCCCAUUCUCAUCAAAAUAUCUCUCCAAUUUUCAUGUAAUUAUUUCAUCAAGAUUCAAUCUUUCUUCAUCAAGGUUUUGUUUUGAAACAAUGGAUCAUAUUGGAGAACAAAUCUUGAUCUUUUUAUCGGUAUGUUCACUCAUUUUCUCUUCAUCAGCUGCAAAUCCUACUACUCCACUCAACUGUACAGACACCACAAGGCUGUGCACUUCUUUUAUAGCUUUCAAGCCCACGGCGGAGCAGACUCUUCAAGUGAUCCAAAGCAUGUUUGAUGUAUUGCCACAGGACAUAACAAUUGAAGGCAAUGGAAGGAACUAUAUUUUCAUUAAAAAGAAUUGUUCUUGUUCUUCAGAUUUGAACAAGUACUUAACCAGUACUACUUUUACUGUAAGAGAAAACAAUGGUUCUGUGUAUGAUAUGGUGAUGAGGGCUUAUGAUGGGUUGGCCUAUUUUUCGUCGAAUGUUACGCGGGAGGCAAGAAAGGGUGCUGUAGUGUCUUUGAAGCUUAUGUGUGGGUGUUCAAGUGGACUGUGGAAUUAUUUGAUGAGUUAUGUGAUGAGAGAUGGGGAUAGUAUAGAGUCCUUAGCCAGUAGAUUUGGGGUUAGUAUGGAUAGAAUUGAGACUGUUAAUGGGAUUACUAAUCCUGAUAAUGUCACUAUUGGGGCACUCUACUACAUACCAUUGAAUUCAGUUCCUGGUGAGCCUUAUCCCUUAGAGAACGAUACCUCUCCAGCUCCUGUUCCAGCUCCCUCCAUUGAUAACUUUGUUGUAAGUCACAAGCCUCACUUACAUUAUUGGUGGAUCAUUGGAAGUUUGGUUGUUGGUCUGACUCUGAUCGUCAUAGUUGUACUUGUUUUUAUUUUGAGAUCAUCGGGCUGUUUUGGUGGACCCCCGAGAAGCCAAAUCAAAGAAUCUGAUGAGAAUUUUUUUCCUAAGUUUCGUAUUCUACGAAACACUAGUUUCUGCUGUGCUUCAGGAAGGUACAUUUGUUGCAAGUCCGGCGAAUUGAAGCAGCAAAAUGGAGAAUCUAGCAACCGUCAGAUGAACAUUCCUUCAGUUAUUGGGACUGACGUCUUUGAUGUAGAGAAACCUGUGGUUUUUGCUUACGACGAAAUUCUGUCUUCAACAGAUGAUUUUUCCGAUUCAAAUCUUUUGGGCAAUGGAAAGUAUGGUUCAGUGUAUUAUAGCCUGCUCCGCGACCAGGAAGUUGUGAUCAAGAGAAUGACGGCUACAAAAACUAAAGAGUUUAUUGCAGAGAUGAAAGUUCUGUGCAAAGUUCAUCACACAAAUUUGGUAGAACUGAUUGGAUAUGCUGCCAGUGAUGAUGAACUCUUUCUUAUAUACGAGUAUGCUCAAAAGGGUUCGCUUAGAAACCAUUUGCUCGAUCCUCAAAACAAAGGUCAUACAUCACUCUCUUGGAUCAUGAGGGUUCAGAUAGCACUUGAUGCCGCUAGAGGGCUGGAGUACAUACAUGAGCACACCAAACCCCAUUAUGUGCAUCGUGAUAUCAAAUCAAGCAAUAUUUUACUCGAUGCCAGUUUUAGAGCAAAGAUUUCAGAUUUUGGUUUGACAAAACUAGUUUCAAGAACCAACGAUGGAGAAGCUUCAGUUACAAAAGUUGUUGGAACGUAUGGGUAUCUAGCUCCAGAAUACCUGAGGGAUGGCCUGGCUACAAAUAAGAGUGAUGUGUAUGCAUUUGGCGUUGUGCUCUUCGAAAUAAUAUCUGGAAAGGAGGCCAUGAUAAAAAGUACUGAACGUCGUUCAUUGGCAUCCAUUAUGGUGGCUGCUCUGAGGAACUCGCCCGACUCUAUGAGUAUGUCAAGCUUGAAUGAUCACAUUGAUCCUAAUUUGAUGGAUUUGUAUCCCCAUGACUGUCUUUAUAAGAUGGCUAUGUUGGCGAAGCAAUGUGUAGAUGAUGAUCCCAUUUUACGACCAGACAUGAAGCAAGUGGUGAUCUCGCUUUCACAGAUCCUAUUAUCAUCCAUCGAGUGGGAAGCAACUCUUGCUGGGAACAGCCAAGUCUUCAGCGGCCUAGUUCAAGGAAGAUAGGUGACUAAGGCCUCGUUUAGAGUUGCUUUUAGAUUCCCGAUUUCCACUUUGCUCGGUUGACCCGUAUCGAGAGCUUUCAAUUUUACCAUUUCUUCCUAUGCUUACUUUUUAUAGAUAUAGUGGUGUGUAUAGCUAGCAUCAAGAAUGGUUAACCAUGGUGAUUCAGUGGGAAUUUAUACAUCCUUCUUGUUGUUCAUUUCUACA